ACCUAUCUUAUAAAUGGAAAAGAAAGGAACCCCUACUAACAGAGUAUUUGUUGUUGGUGUAGGAAUGACUAAAUUUGUCAAACCUUCUGAUAAGACUCAAGGUGAUUAUCCAGAUUUUACUAAAAUUGCAGCUAAUAGAGCACUUAGAGACGCUGGAAUUUCUUAUGACCAGGUGGAGCAUGCCUUUAUUGGAUAUGUGUAUGGAGACUCUACAGCUGGACAGAGAGCUCUUUAUGAAGUUGGAAUGACUGGUAUUCCUAUCACAAAUGUAAACAAUAACUGCUCAACUGGAUCAACUGCUCUGUAUAAUGCAGCUCUGAUGAUUAAAGCAGGUAUUCAUGAUUGCUGCAUGGCACUAGGAUUUGAAAAGAUGGCUAGAGGAUCUUUGACCUUAGCCUUCUCUGACAGGUCAUCUCCUCUUGAAAAAUUCAUUACCAAGAAUCAUGAACUAAGAACAGAUUCUGGAAAACCAUUCGCCCCUCAACUGUUUGGAAAUGCAGGACUAGAACAUAUGGAAAAAUAUGGAACUACAGAAGAACAUUUUGCAAAGGUUGCUUAUAAAAACCAUCUUCAUAGCGUAAAUAACCCUUACAGUCAAUUCAGAACUAAGUACACUCUGGAUGAGAUUAAGGAGAGCCCUAUGAUUCAAGCCCCUCUAACUAAGUUACAAUGCUGUCCAACUAGUAAUGGAGCUGCAUGCGCAAUUAUAGCUAGUGAAGAAUUUGUAAAAGCUCAUGGAUUAGAAGAUCAAGCUGUUGAGGUCUUAAGUAUCACAAUGGCGACAGAUACUGCUGCAACAUUCGAAGACAACUCAAACAUAAAACUUGUUGGACAAGAUCUGACCAAGAAUGCUGCUAAGCAGGCUUUUAAAGAGACUGGACUGACUCCUGAUGAUUGCGAUGUCUGUGAAUUGCACGACUGUUUCUCAGCAAAUGAAUUAAUUACAUAUGAAAAUCUUGGGCUUUGCCCAGAAGGUAAAGCUGGGAAAUUUAUUGACGAAGAUGCAUUCACGUAUGGCGGAAAGAUAGUAGUUAACCCAAGCGGAGGCCUGAUUUCUAAAGGCCACCCAUUAGGAGCUACAGGCCUUGCUCAAUGUUCAGAAUUAUGCUGGCAACUGAGAGGAAUGGCAGACAAGAGACAAGUAGAUGGUGCCAAAAUAGCAAUUCAGCAUAAUUUAGGCCUUGGUGGAGCAUGAAUCGUUGCACUCUAUAAGAAAUAUAAUGAUAAGUCUGGAAAAGUAAGAGAAGAUCAAUCAGCUGAUCCAGAAUUCCUUGAGAAAAUUGAAACAAGAGAAAAAGAGCCAAGUCUUCUUGCAAAGAUUUAAAAUACGCUUCAAGUAAAUACGUCAUUAUUCAACGA